AAGGGAGCCCGCCGCGGGAGCGGCCACCGCUGGCUCUCCUCAGCGCGCCGGGAGGCGGCGGCCGUCGGGGACCCGGCACGGCGGGCCGAGGCACUGCGCCCGCUGCAAGGAAGCGGCGGCGGCCGGCGAUGGGGACCGAGCGAAGCUACCGUGCCGGGCCGUGACCUCCGCCGCGCCGCCGCCGCCUCGGGCGCUCUCGGAGCGCCGACGCUGAGGAACAUGGCCCUGGAGCAGCUCUGCGCGGUCCUCAAAGUGUUGCUGAUAACAGUACUUGUAGUGGAAGGGAUUGCUGUGGCCCAAAAAACCCAAGAUGGACAAAAUAUUGGAAUCAAGCACAUUCCUGCAACCCAGUGUGGUAUUUGGGUUCGAACCAGCAAUGGAGGUCAUUUUGCUUCACCAAAUUAUCCUGGCUCAUAUCCACCAAACAAGGAGUGUAUCUAUAUUUUAGAAGCUGCUCCUCGUCAACGGAUAGAGCUGACCUUUGAGGAACUCUAUUAUAUAGAGCCAUCAUUUGAAUGUCGGUUUGAUCACUUGGAAAUUCGAGAUGGGCCAUUUGGUUUCUCUCCUCUUAUAGAUCGUUACUGUGGCAUGAAAAGCCCUGCAUUAAUUAGGUCAACGGGAAGAUUCAUGUGGAUUAAAUUUAGUUCUGAUGAAGAACUUGAAGGAUUAGGAUUUCAAGCAAAAUACUCAUUCAUCCCAGAUCCAGACUUUACCUACCUUGGAGAUUGCCAGUUUGAGCUCUCUGGAGCUGAUGGAAUAGUACGGUCUAGCCAAGUAGAGCAAGAAGAGAAAACAAAGCCUGGCCAAGCAGUUGAUUGCAUAUGGACAAUUAAAGCUACACCAAAAGCUAAGAUUUAUUUGAGAUUCUUAGAUUACCAAAUGGAACACUCAAAUGAAUGCAAAAGAAAUUUUGUGGCAGUCUAUGAUGGAAGCAGUGCUAUCGAAAAUCUGAAGGCCAAGUUCUGCAGCACUGUGGCUAAUGAUGUAAUGUUGAAAACAGGAGUGGGAGUGAUCCGGAUGUGGGCAGACGAAGGUAGUCGGCUUAGCAGGUUUAGGAUGCUCUUCACUUCCUUUGUGGAACGUUUUCAACUGACCAGAUGUGUUUUACUAUCGGAAAACCAGUUGGAAAACAAGCUGUACAUCCUGGCACGUGGUAAAGCACAGAAGUCUUUCGAGCUAAAGCAAAACGAAAAUCGACUGAUAGCCACCAAGUGCCGGCACGCUGCCAUACUGCCUUAUGCCAACCAAACCUUUGGCGUUAGCUAA